AUCGCGUGCCCUAGCCCCAUUUUUUCGCGACACAGCCGCGGCCCCUCUUGUCGCGCCCGAAGCUCGCCGGCGAGAGCUCAACAGCUGGUGCUCCCCUCCUUGCCGGAGCUCCUAUCCGAGGCUUUCACUCGAGCAGCUGGUCUCUCCCCCGCUUCGCCAGUUCUGCCCGAGGACCCGAUCCCGAGCUUUCUCGCGGCUUCCUCCCAACGGCGACGCUUCUCCCGCCGAAUAACCGCCCCCGUCGGCGCUCCCUUUUGCGUCCUACCCGAGGCCCUCGGGAUCUGCCUUGCACGAGGAACCUUGGGCACGCCGCCCGUCCCCUCUUCGGUCCGUGUUCUCGCCGCACCCUGCUGCCGCCGGCUGCCCGACCCGCCCGAACUCUUCUUUCCUGCGACGCUGGUGCUUGAUCGAAUGCGAUGGGGAAAGAGGGAGCUAGAAAGGCCGGUUCAAUCUUCAUCAGGCUGGUUUCGGCCGCCGGGACUGGUUUCUUCUACGUAAAACGCAAGAACCCAAGGAGAAUCACUGAGAAACUCGAGUUUCGUAAGUAUGAUCCCAGAGUUAAUCGCCAUGUGCUUUUCACUGAGGCGAAGAUGAAAUAAAUGGCAUGCUGCUGGUAUUUUACUAUAUGUUUUUGUUAGUCUUGAUGUUCUGCUAGUAAACUAUUUUAUAAUUGUAAGAUUUACUUACGUGCCACCCGAUUUUUAUGUAUUUACAAAUCUAGCACCUAAAUUUGAAUUAUAUGCCAUCUUCUUUAUGCAUGAAAAGGUUUAUUUCACAUUUUAAAAUUUUAAAAUGGCGGUAGCGUUAAUGUAAGUAGAGUUUAGCUUAGAUAUGUAAUUACAUAGGAAUUGGGUGGGUAUGUAUGUAAAUGCCCCUUUGUACUUCUGUUUUGUCAAUUGAAGAGAUGUACUGCUAUUCUAUAAGCUUAUAUUUUGCAUCCUAAACUUUAUUAUAUAAUUGAAGUUGUGUUUGAUGAUUGUGAAUGAGUUG